CUAGUUAUAGUCUAUAUAAAUUUACAUUGUCUAUUGACUAAGUAUAGAACGAGUUCAUACAGUGUUGAGUAAACAAGAGAGAAUAAAAUUCCUAUCGGGUAUUAUUAAAUUCAGUGUGGUAGAAAACUCUUCUAUAAAUUCUGUAUAAAAAGCAUUUAUACAUGAUACAUUCGAAAAUUUCUAUUCAUAAUUAAUGACAUCUGUUCUUAAAGAGAGACAAUUAUUCAUUUUGUAGGAAAGGCCAAUUUACUAGUUGCAUUCAUAACAUGAUUUAUUUAUUAGGAAAAAUAUGUUACAGAUGACUAAACAUAAAAUUCCUGUUUCAUUCAGCUUUAACAAUAAUAGUACCGAUCAUUUCACUACUUUUAUUAAAAAUAAUAGUAAAAGUAUUGAAAAUAUUAUUUUAAAAGGAGAUUAUCAAGAAUUUUAGCUUUUCUACACACAAAAGUUGCAUAUUUACGUAGUAAAAGUUGAUUACGAGAUAGAAUGGAAAAUAUCUUCGGCUAGUCUUUUUUCUUUUUUUCUAUUAAAACAGUGCCUUAAAGAUGAAAGAAAAACGUAUUGUAAGACUGAAUACUACUUCCAAAGUAAUUGACUUUUGUACAACUACUAUAAAUGCAAGCGUUUCUUUCUUAGGCUUGUAAAAUGCAACAUUAAAACAAGUAAUAAAAGCUUUGUAAGAACUACUUUUUUUUUUUAAGAAAAAAAAAUUACUUCCAAUUUGGUUUGGAAAUUAUAUCUUCCCAGUUUGAGGUGACUGGAUUUUUGUAAUUAAGUAAUACUAGUACAACACGGAAAGAAUAUCUAAAAUAAGAAAAUUGUUGUACUUUAGCUAAGUAAACAUAGUUGUUUAAAAAUAACUUAAAUCUGUUUCCUACUAUGGUAGACUGGUUGUUUUGUGUAAUGGAAACUUGGAGAUGUUUUGAUAAAACUAUUCUGAAUAGAGCUACUAAACUUUUCUUAUCCAAAAUGAGAUACUUGAAUAAAAACUAACCUUGCCAUCUGGUGGUUUUCGGAGGUUACUCCUUCGAUUACGUAAUUUUUUUUUAUGAAUCCUUUGAACAAUCUUAAUACACUUAAACUUUCCCAUAGUUGAUAAAGACAUAGAGAAGCUUUGACAGUUUGAAAGUUUGGUCACUGAAAUUAUUCAAAUCUGUUUUUUCCAUCCAAUUCAGUUGGAAAGCAGUGGCAGCUUAUUCAGACUUCACUCCUUCCGUAACGACGAAUAAUACAGACGAAAGUUUACUGAGCGGCUGCUAAUACUGGUUGUACUAUUUAAAAAAUUGCAGUCAUGGAUUUGGAUUAUGAUAAUCCGGAUGACGUGCGACUACGAAAAAUGGAACUGGAGAGGAAGAAAACGUUAUUGGAGGAGAAAUUGAAAGGAAAGUUAGACGAGCUCAAAGCUAUUUGCAUAGAGGAAUACGACUUAACGGGUCGUGUGCCUGAUGAAUAUAAAAUGAUCCCAGGUUCCCCUCUACUUAAAUUUCGUAGAAAAUUCGGCGCUUCCUUUCGUUUCUCGCCAAAACUGCUAGCUGACGACUCGGAUCCAGAGAUGGACGAUUUAGAAAAACAAGUGGAAAUUAACAGAUCCGUUGUUGCUGCUAACGAAAAGGUUUAUAAAGAAUCAAAAGGUAUUUUAAGGAGAAGACACAAGCUACAAUAUAAAACAAGCGCAAGUGAAUUGAAGAAAUUAGAGGAAAGGCUUAUCAACUUAAAGAUCGAAAAGGGUAAGAAGCCUAUUCGUGUGUCAAAUUCAAUAGAAGACUGCAGUGAUGAGCACUCACUAGACGAGCUGGACAAUUCAAGGGAUUCUUCUCCAGUUAAAAGAGAGGCCGUUAUAAAGUCCUCGUCGAUGGUCGAAUAUAUAGAAAUGACUCCAAGUUCGAAAACAAGUCAUCACAGCCGUUUUUCUCCGUCAUUUAAGAAUAUCGCACAAUUAAGAUCACCAGAUUUUAAAUCCCCCCCUUCACCGUCUUUUAGACGCUCAUAUCAGAGUUUUCGUCAAUCAUCCAUUCGAAACAAAAACUAUUCUUCAAUAUCGCAACGUUAUAGUGAUAAACCAGGGGAACUGACUGAGUCGCCUGAUCAAGUGGCACACUUUCGACGAUCACAAUACUCGUCGUUAAGACUGAAUGACAGAGACAGGUCGUUUAGCGAUCCGAGAAAAUCACGCAACUGUUUUGAAAUAGCAAAACCAUUCUUGUCUCCCGAUGCGAUAAAAUAUAGUGAAAGUAAACGACGUCAGAUGACUUUACUGUCAUCUGAUAACGUUCACAGAUCCCGUGCCAAUUCCCAGCCGGAGAGGCAAACGUUUAGAUUUAUACGAUCUCCUCCCCACUUCAAUAACAAUUUUAGCGAUUUGGAUGAGACAAACCAAACAGAUCUUUUCUCUCCCGUAAGAAAUAAUUGGUUCUAUUACGGAAACCGUCAUAUGCAUGAUUCAACACUUGUAUGAAAUGAGCUGUACAGUAUUGUUUUUUUAUCCAAUAGUUCUUGUCUACUUUCUCUCUCAAU